AUGACACAAUCGUCAAAAGAUUUAGGCGAAUCGCUUAGCAUCAGCCAUCGAUCCAAUUCGUCUAGUGACGUAUCAUCUGAGUCAAACUUUAACAAAUACAAUGUGGACACAAUCCUGCCAUUCCCUACUUUGGAACACCGAAAAGGUGGCAUUAUCCACAUCAAGCCACCUCAAGCAACAAAUGAUGUUAGCAAUGUCAACACCACCUCAUCAACAUCAUCAAAGGAAACAGCACCACCUGCCCCGAUUUCAAGGAAAAGAUCCGACUCAAAAUCCCAAGUUGUCAACUACCCAAUGAAAGCAAAGACGCAGCGAGAUAAUUUGGAAACAAACCCAUAUUCUUAUUCAUCAGUAUCAAACUCCAAUUCAUCAGCUAGUUCUCAUCCUCGGAAACGGGCUCAAAUGCAAUACUAUGUAACCCUAAUACCUUUGAAUGACACUUUUGUCGAGAAACAUCUUCCUGUUGCUAUAUUUCCCGAAACAACCAAACUUGGACGACCCACAGGAACAAAGCAUAAGCCAGACGUCACUAAUGGGUAUUUUGACUCUCGAGUUUUAUCCCGUAAUCAUGCCCAAAUAUACAUAGAUCCAACUACGGGGAAAUUGAUGCUUCAGGAUCUAGGGUCGUCGAAUGGUACAUAUUUAAAUGAUUCAAGACUAGGGAAUGAACCAACAGAGGUCAAGAUUGGUGAUAUAGUCUGUCUUGGUUUCAAUGUUCAAGCCGAAUCUACACACAAACAAAUCAGCCUUCGAAUUGACAACAUUAAUGUAAUCGCCAACACCAAGUCUGAUCUCAAGUUGGCAAAGAAGUCACAGCUUGAUACCCCAGAGUUCAAACACUUAUCAUUUAUGGAGGAGAUAUAUCGCAAGAUAAACGACGACGGAAUGAAAAGUAAACAACAUGCUUCUGAUAGUUUUGAUAGCGCAUUUUUUGGAGAUAUAAAUCCUAUACUUGAAGAUGAUUUACUUGGGUUGUAUUCGUCGACAAAUGCAGGCAUAUACAACAACAGCCAAAUUACCAAUACAGGAGCUCUUGAGAUCAUGGUCAAUAGUUUAAUGUUGAACCUAAACAAGGUGAAACAACAGGCGUCCGCUUUAAGCUCAUUGCGAACAUUUUUGUUGAACUAUCAAAAGAAUUUGGACGAGCUUAAUGAAGCAUAUCUAGAACAGCAAUACAAAGUAAAAGUACAAGGAGUGAAGGACGACCUAGAUUUUGAGAGAGCAAAGACAAGUAAGUUGGAGGAGAAACUAGCUAAAGUGAGAUUAGAUCACUCAACCAAAUUGGAAGUCAUUGGCAAAGAUUUGAGCUCAAAAGAGCAAGAGGUGACGGCUUUAAAGAAAAAGGUGCUGACUUUGGAGGAUCAUGUGCAAGGAUUAGAGUUGGAAUCUUCGUCUGCUGCUGUGACUAUUGCAAAACUUAAAGAAGAGCGUGACAACUUGCAGCUACUCCUUGAUGAAAAGCAAGCGAGCGACGUGAAAUUAAUCAAAGACACUUCAAAUUCAACUGCUGAGGACCACUUACCCGAAUCAGGACACGAUCUAAUUUCCGAUGCCAUUAAUGGGUUUAUCAUGGACUUGUCGCGUACACCAUCAGUUAGAGAUAGUGCAAAAUCAUUAGAUUCUAGAAAUGGCACUACACACAAGGACGCUAUAGAGCUAACACCGCCUCUGUCUGAUCACGAAGGAAACCCUGACGAGAGCGAUGCCCAAAUUAGCCCCACCAAUAGUCGUCGCUCUUCAAUAGACAUCUAUUCAGGAAACCUUUCCCUAUCAUCAGUUAUUGCAACCAACCAUGUUCCUGAUGAUGUUGAGCCCUUCCCAAAAGUUGAGGAAAUUUCAUCACUGGCAUCAUCCAGCUCGACUCUGUUAAAUAAAGAGCAAGAUCCAGCUACAAAUUAUCAAGAAAAACUUUCAUUAAUUAAAUUGUCUGGCGAAAACAAAACUACAAUACUGAGCUUUGCUAUAGCUACAUCUGUACUACUUGUCGGAGUUUACUUAUAUCGUCUAUUGAAUUAG